CGCUCGCUCACCUUGCAUUGUGAGAAAUCCCCCGAAGUGUUAGACAUGCUCAGUGCCUCAGCUAAGCCCCAACAAAAUGGUCGCCGGUAGCAAACGAAGCGCGACAGAUGCUGGCUUUACAUCGUCAAACUUUGGUCUGGGACAAACUCUGCAAGACAUCAAAAGCCCAGCACCGUCCCAUGAACCUUUAUCUGCAUCAAAGUCUCCAAACAUGAGUUCGGAACGGGUCCAAGAAAACCAGCAAGCUCGCAAAGCCAACGAAAAUGCAACCCAAGGCGAUGAGGCAUGGUCUGUGGCGGAGUCAAAAUCGUCCCGAAAGAAGAAGAGACGCAAGCUUCGCGAAGACCCCCACGGCUACCCGAGCAUCAAUUUCCUAGACACCAGACCUGCCCGGGUACAAAUGAAGGCGCUUCAGGAACUGGUUCUCUAUCUUAUGGCAGAUGGCGUCGCGCCAACUUGGUUGGCCGUUAAUAACGCCAAACAAAUUGACAAGGUCGUGGUCUUGAUGAUACCGGGUCUCGAUCGAGCAACGUUGGAAGAUCCAGAGAUCCUCAAAAGUGCCGUAUCCAUCUACGAGCAGACUGCCAGUAAAGACGCCGAUGAGAAAGUUGCGGAUGCUGACACGGAACCUCAAGACCAAACAACCACAUCAGCCACGAUUGUCUCAUCCGCCAGCACUCCAAACCCAGACAUCUCAGACUCGCCAGCAGACGCGCCCUCAAACUCAGAAACCCUCGUUCAGCGCCUCCUCUCUCGCAUAAUUGAAGUCAAAGCCCCCGGUGAUUCUCAUGCCAACAGAGUCCACUCCCCCCUCCAAGGCAUGCUGAUCGCGCCCUUAUCCUCCUCCGACACAUCCAAGAACAAAAAGUCCGCCGAAAAAUCCUUCCAACCAACCCGCACAUCCAUCGCCCACUUCGUCCACUCGGCCGACGAAUUACGUGAGGCAGAAUACCCCAUCCAUUCCGCAGCCUUCACCAACGCUCACGACGCCCAACUCGAAGCGACUCGACGUGUCGCCACCUUCCAAUCGUCUGGUCACGGCUGGGUCGACACCACAGUUACUGUAUCCGUCCCUGUCGCUCAAACCGCCACCUCCUCUUACCCUCCUACGUCCCCCCCUGGACUUUCAUCCCCUACGCAUUCUCGAGGUUCACACUCCAAGUCUAGAUCACACGACCCUCUUACCCAAGGUCUCCGACCCUUCGCCCUGGACUGCGAAAUGGUUCUCACCAGCGACGACAAAUACUCCCUCGCGCGUAUCUCGCUAGUCGAUUGGUCCGGAUCCACAGUGCUAGACUCCUAUGUCAAACCAUCCCUUCCCAUUAAAAACUACUUCACCCAAUACUCCGGCAUCACGCCCUCGCACCUCGAGAACAUCACCACCAGCCUCUCCGACAUCCAAUCCAGCCUCCUUUCCAUACUAGGUUCGGACUCGAUCCUCCUCGGCCACAGUCUCGAAUCAGACCUCAACGCGCUAAAACUCACGCACCCGUUCAUCGUCGACACGAGUAUCAUAUACCCACACCCACGAGGCCUCCCGCUGCGCAGCUCGCUCAAGUUCCUCGCGAACCGCUAUCUCAAGCGCGAGAUCCAGAAGGGCGGCGCGGAUGGACAUGACAGUGUCGAAGACGCCAGAGCUGUGCUUGACCUGGUCAAGCUGAAAUGUGAGAAGGGUCCGAAGUGGGGCACGCUCGACGCCAAUGGAGAGAGCAUCUUCAAGAGUAUCAGUAGAGGUGUGCGAAACGACGGUUCGGGCAAGGCCAGAGAGAGCGCGAUCGUCGAGUACGGCACGCCAGAAAGAGGCUUCGGCAAGGAGGCGACGUACAAGAUUGCCUGUACGACCGAUGAAGAGAUUAUCCAGGGCGUCAUCAGAGCGGCAAAUGGUGAUCCACCGCCUGGGACUGAAAACGAAAGUGGAGAUAACGAGGAAGAGGCGGAGUCCAAUGGCCAGGGACGACACGACAGAAUUCCAGCAGGAGGAGUGGACUUUAUCUGGGGUCGUCUCCGCGAUCUCGAAGCACUGAGAGGGUGGAACAUACCACCUGCUCCACCCGAUUCCGAAUCCGAGUCCACCGCCACGAACGGAACUGCCCCAGACAGUAAAGAGUCACCAGACGAGCUUCAUCAAACCGCCUCGCGCACGCUUGCUCACCUGUUGCGACUGUACACUGCCCUCCCACCGCGCACGUUGUUGAUCACAUACAGCGGUACCAGCGACAUGCGGCCUCUCCUGCGAUUGCAGCAACUUCAGACGCAGUUUCGCAAGGAGUUCAAGGUGAAGAAGUGGGACGAGCUGAGCGUCAAGUGGACUGACACUGAAGAGCAACAGCUCAGAGCUGCAGUGGACAGUGCGAGGAAGGGUACUGGUAUUCUUGCUGUGAAAUGAGGAGGAGGACCAUUCAAAAUGAAGAAAGAAGUUGUCUCGAGCUCCAACUGGCAGGUGUCGCGGAACGAUAUCUCGGAGGUCGCACUGAAAGAACAAUGUAGGGAGCAGCUUGCGUAUGGGUUUUGGUGCGGCUGUAAAGUGUCAACGCCCUCUCUGUGAGAGGACUCGAAGAAGUUGAAUUUCCCGGUCACGACGAGGAAUGAACUCAAUGUCCAUAUCAGUGCUAAGCGACCGGGGGGAUACCAGGGCACGAAAGCCCUAGAUCCGCCGCCGCAAGCCAGGACGUGUAUGUUGCUGAUAUUAUCGUGACAUUCGGAGCGGGAUUGGAAAUGGCAGUGCUGUGCCAUCUGCCUGGCGUCAGAGGAGGGAUAGGAUGCUAGCCAUAGUCCCAUGUAUGGAUUCUUUGGUAGCCAGCAACCCCCGCGGGUCCGAACCAGUAUGUCUUCAGUACCUAGGCUAGGCUGGUCAAGGCGAGUG